CCAAGUGGUGUGAGAAUUAUUCAGCGGCCAAAUCCCAUUUCCCAGAGGCAGAACCAGGAGAAGUGUGCCUGGGCUGAGCCCAAGCUCCUGCUUCCUGACCUCUGGUCUGUCUCAAGCAUUGGGAAAGGGUGGAGGGUUAGGAGCAGUGCUGAGCUCUUCUCUCAGUGAGAGGGCUGAAGGAUGCAGGUGCUGCGUGAUUGUGCUCAGCAUUCAAACCAGCAACGCAUGCUGGAGCUGGGGCCGCACAGGACGCCUCGCCCGCCCCACACGUGCCUGCGCCGCCCUCUCCCUUGUGCCAGCGCUUCACUGACGGCAUCACCAAUAAGCUGGUGGCCUGCUACGUGGAGGAGGACAUGCGGGACUGUGUGCUGGUCCGAGUCUACGGGGAGCGGACGGAGCUGCUGGUGGACCGUGAGAGUGAGGUCCGGAACUUCCAGCUGCUGCGGGCUCACGGCUGUGCCCCGAAACUCUACUGCACCUUCCAGAACGGUCUGUGCUAUGAGUACAUGAGGGGCGUGGCCCUGGGGCCAGAGCACAUCCGUGAGCCCCGGCUCUUCAGGCUGAUCGCCUUAGAAAUGGCCAAGAUUCACACCAUCCAUGCCAACGGCAGCCUGCCUAAGCCCACCCUCUGGCACAAGAUGCACAAUUACUUCACCCUCGUGAAGAACGAGAUUAACCCCAGCCUGUCCGCGGACGUCCCUGAGGUCGGCGUGCUGGAGCAGGAGCUGGCCUGGCUGAAGGAGCACCUGCCUCCGCUGGACUCCCCGGUGGUGUUUUGUCAUAACGACCUGCUCUGCAAAAACAUCAUCUAUGACAGCAGCAAAGGUCAUGUGCGGUUCAUCGACUAUGAAUAUGCUGGCUACAACUACCAAGCUUUUGACAUUGGCAACCAUUUCAAUGAGUUUGCAGGUGUGAACGAGGUCGAUUACUCGAGGUACCCAGCGCGGGAGACCCAGCUGCAGUGGCUGCGCUGCUACCUGCAGGCCCAGAAGGGGACGGCUGUGACCCCCAGGGAGGUGGAGAGGCUCUACGUGCAAGUCAACAAGUUUGCUCUGGCGUCUCACUUCCUCUGGGCACUCUGGGCCCUCAUCCAGAACCAGUUCUCCACCAUCGACUUUGAUUUCCUCAGGUAUGCAGUGAUCCGAUUCAACCAGUAUUUCAAGGUGAAGCCUCAGGUGUCGGCCCUGGAGAUGCCAAAGUGACCGCCCUUCCCAGCCCUCCCCCGUCUGCCUGGCCAGACCUGCUUGUUCUCCAGGGCCCGGCUCAGAUCUGGGGUCUGCACCUUGGGCAAGGUGGUCAAGGGGCCAGGGGGGGUGUCCCUGAAGAGUGCUCUGCCCCUGUUCCCAGCCCUGAGAGAUGCUUCUGGUGACCGUUUUUGUUUGGAGGGCUGAUAGAACCCAGCUCUUGGGGGUCCUCUCCACCUUGCCAGACUUGGUGACGGGGAGUGUCUGAAGCCAGGUGUGACUGGGACCGCAGCCGCCCUGGGAAGCCCAGCCUUCCCAUCCCGGCCAUCCUGAGUCUGGGCUCAUACCUCAACCACCCUGGGAGGCCCACCCUUCCCAUCCCAUCCAUCCUGAGUCUGGGCUGGGACUCAACCACCCUAGGAGGCCCAGCCUUCCCAUCCUGGCCAUCCUGAGUCUGGGCUGGGACUCAACCACCCUGGGAGGCCCACCCUUCCCAUCCCGGCCAUCCUGAGUCUGGGCUCAGACCUCAACCACCCUGGGAGGCCCACCCUUCCCAUCCCAGCCAUCCUGAGUCUGGGCUGGGACUCAACCACCCUAGGAGGCCCAGCCUUCCCAUCCUGGCCAUCCUGGCCAUCCUGAGUCUGGGCUGGGACUCAACCACUCUGGGAGGCCCACCCUUCCCAUCCCGGCCAUCCUGAGUCUGGGCUCAGACCUCAACCAACCUGGGAGGCCCAGCUUUCCCACUCCCUGCCAUCCUGAGUCUGGGCUGGGACUCAACCACCCUGGGAGGCCCAGCCUUCCCACCCUGGCCGUCCUGAGUCUGAGCUCAGACCUCAACCACCCUGGCAAGCCCAGCAUUCCCAUUAGGGCCAUCCUGGAGCCUGGGCUGCCUUCGUGUCUUUGACCUUCCUGGAGUGGGGGGGGGGGGCUCCUUUCUACCUCCAGGGCCCUGAGCCUCCAGCCUGUCUACCCCUGAGUGCCCCAGGUGGGAGGUGCUAGGUCCAGACGAGUAUCCUGCCAACUCUGACCAAUGGAUGUAUAGAUGCUGGGAGAGGCGUCUAGAGUCAGGUUUGAUGGCUCCCCCAGCUGCCGCCUCCUCUGAGAUCCCUCCGUUUCUCCAAAGCAGAUCCAGCCAGAUAAGCCCUUCCCAUCCCUCAGUGCCCCUUCUGCCCCGGGCCUGUGCUCAGUCCCUCUGCCACCUGCCAGGAGGGAAGGGAGGGCAUGGGCCCGAAGCCUGGCUCGGCUUCAGGCUGCCUGGCUGAAGGGGCUGCAGCCCAAAGCAGACGGCUGCACGGCGGCCAGCAUCCUCUCCCCUCCCUCCUUGCCCUCCGGGCCCUCACUUCCCAGGAAGUCUCUCCACAUCCCAGGAACAGUCUUCUGUCCUGAAGUUGACCCACGGUCUUCCCCCUGGGGAGUGACUAGUGGGAGUCGAAGGGCAGGGGCCACUGACGGCCAGGGCUCGCCCAGAGUGCAGGGGCCUGGGUGGGAUUGGUGGUGAUGGUGCUUCCCUGACUCUCAAUGGCCUCCACCUCCUUCCUGCCCACACCGCCUUUUGGGUCCUCCUGGCUCUGGCCUAUAAAAUGACUCAUUUGUAAAUGAUCAUCAUUUUCUGCAUUAAAAUGGUCAUGUAUAGACCACCCCUGA